UGCCCUCUCUUAAAUCUAUAAAUAACUCCUAAAUAUCCAGCAAAUCUCCAUAUCCAAACACACAAUUUCAAUUCCAGCAGGGGAAAAAAAUGGCGACUUCCACCAUGAAAACAAGCUUCAUAGCCAUUAUCCUAGCGGGAAUGGUUGCUGGAAUGGUGAAAGCUCAAUGCGGCAACACUUGCUCGGCGACCGAGUGUUGCAGUCGGUUCGGGUUUUGCGGGACGGGAGACGAUUUCUGCGGAGUGAAUUGCCGAGGGGGUCCUUGUGUUAACAAUGGGGUCUCCAUAGCUGACAUUGUGACGCAGGAAUUCUUCGAUGGGAUAUUGAACCAGGCGGCUUCCACUUGUGUAGGAAGGAGCUUUUACUCGAGAGGGGUGUUCCUUGAUGCUCUCAAUUCUUUCACUCAGUUCGCAAGGAUUGGGUCGGUUGAGGAUUCUAGGCGUGAGAUCGCUGCUUUCUUUGCUCAUGCUACCCAUGAAACUGGAAGUUUCUGUCACAUUGAAGAGGACGGUGGAGCCUCAAAGGACUACUGUGACGAGACAAGAACCGAUUAUCCAUGCAACCCAAGCAAAGGUUACUACGGUCGUGGACCACUGCAACUAACAUGGAACUACAACUACGGACCAGCCGGUUCCGAUAUCGGGUUCAACGGCUUAGACGCACCGGAAACCGUGGCCAACGAUCCUCUUAUCUCCUUCAAGGCUGCCAUUUGGUUUUGGAUGAACAAUGUUGCAGGCGUGAUGAACCAAGGGUUCGGGGCCACUAUUCGAGCCAUUAAUGGAGACCUUGAAUGCAACGGUGUGGAUCCGACUAAAGUUCAGUCUCGGAUUAACUACUACACUCAAUAUUGUAGCCAACUUGGUGUCGCUCCUGGUGAUAAUCUCAGCUGCUAGAGUUUAUUCCAUUUAUUUAUGUACUGAAAUUUGCAGCUUUAAUUUUCCUUGCAAUAAUGUUUUACAAAUAUCGUUUUAGGGAAAAUGAGAUCGAUAUUAAGGUAAGGAUAAAUUUGUCGAAAAAAAAUAAAAUGUAAUGAUAAAGAAAAGUCAGCAAUAAAAUACUUGGACAGGUUUUAAUUUC